GUUCCUUAUUUUAUGUUGCCUUAUUUAACAUUAUACUAUGUUAAAAUAAAAUACAUUUUAUAAAUAUAUUGUUUAUAAUAUAUUAGAGGGAAGGAAAAUAUUAGCAGCAAAUUCCGGGUUUCUGCAGCAUUUGCAGGCCCCCCCAUCUUACCAUCUGGUUUUCAGUUUAACAUUACGCAAAAAGGAAGUUCAAUAUUUGCUAAUUUUUUUUAAUGUUUCUGUUUCAUUGCUUUGCAACUGACUAUUCCAGGCUAAUGCUUCUCUUGAAUUUCCCAGUGAAUCCUAAUGUUCAAUUCUUGCUUUUGCGUGUGGGGGUGAAUUACUAGUUGCUGAUUUUCAUACCGGUGUUUGGAAGUGAGUUGCAGAGUGUUUUUCAUCCUGAGUGAGCUGGACGGAGGAUUUUAUUGACAAGCUUAGCAGGCUUUUUACAUUGCUCUGUUAGUAAAUGUGGUGGUGUACAGAUAUCCUUAAAUCUGCGCUGCUUGGCUUGUAAUUUUGUGAUUAUAAGGCGUGGACGUUUAGGCAUUCAGGUGUCCCUUAUAAAGAGCGAGAUGUGGGGGUUUAAUUUGAUCGCUGAUACUGGGGGUGUUUUAUGGGGCAGGUGAAGCGCUUCAGGAGCGUGACGGGCGAGGUAAAGCACGCCUUUUGUUGUGCGCCGGCGGGCCGGGCAGCGGAGCCGCAGGGGUUAAGGCGGUGGGGUUGGCCGGGCCGCCGCCUCCAGUGAAUUCAAACUCGGCGAGUGACGGGGAGCGCGGGGGCCGGGCCGGCGGGCGCUGCGGGCUUUGUUGGGGCCGGGAGCCAUUUUGGGCUCGAUGGCACGGCGUGUGCCGCCCGCCGGCCAGCGCGCCCUCAGCCCGGGCCGCGGCGCAUGGCGGAGCGCGGAGCUCGGCCCGCGGGGGCGCAGGGCCCGGCCAGGCCCCGGCGCGGCGUGUGCGAGCGGGCCCGAGCGGGCCGGGCUCUGAGGCGCUGUGCUGGCAGCGGGGCCCUGCGUGUAAACAAUGAACCGGCACGCUGCUUGUUUCAGCGCGGCUGAGCGCGUGGCUGGUUUUUGUCAGCGCCUCCUUUAAAAAGCGUUUCGAGAGUAUGAUUUGAAACUGUCACCAUGGACUUUUCACGUCUACACACGUACACCCCUCCCCAAUGUCUGCCAGAGAACACUGGCUAUACAUAUGCACUCAGUUCGAGUUAUUCUUCAUCUGCUUUGGAUUUUGAGACCGAGAACAAAAUAGAUCCAGUGUUUGAUUCACCCAGAAUGUCACGGCGUAGUUUACGGUUGGCUGCUGGAGGAUACAGUAAAUCAGAUGAUGGACACAGUGAUUCCCUUCAUGACAGCUCUUAUGCUGGAAGCAUGUCCUUCAGGGAUCAGUCUAAGGCGAUGAAGCAACGCAGAAGUAUGAACAAGCAGUCUGGCAGUGGGAGACAUGUGCCAAGGAAAAAUCUGCCCAGCUCAUCUAUUUUUAGCCAGAGCAGUUUCAAUAGCCAUGCCAGUGAUACAUCAAUGAUGUCCAGUAUAUUGGAUGAGUCUCUGAUUCGGGAACAGACAGAAGUUGAUCAUUUCUGGGGCCUUGAUGAAGAAGGUGACCCCAAAGGCAGUGACACCACGCUGCUGCAGGGGAACGGGGGCAUAGCAGCAGCAGAGCUGCAGCCCACGCUGAACGGCUACACGUGCAGUGACUGCAGCAUGCUGUCAGAGAGGAAGGAGGUCCUCACUGCCUACUCACCUUCCCACGUGCCAUCCUCCAGGAUCUACAGUAGGGACAGGAGCCAGAAACAUGCAGCUAGAGGAACAUAUUUCUACAUGAGUAAGAUUCUACGAUUGGUCAAAAAUACUGCAGCAUCUUUUGCAUCACUAUUAGUGCAACUAUUUCAAAUGGUUUUGCUGAAGCUGGGUUAUGAAUAUAAAGCUCACUCAGACUACUGUGGAAGCAUGAAUGUAAAGGAGUUCUACAGAGAAGAUCGUCACCUUGGUGUGAAUGAGGAAUCAAUAUGUGAUGACUGUAAAGGGAAGAAACAUCUUGAAAUGUACACCACAGACCACAUGCAGUCCUCAUGGGCUAAAAGGGUAGCAAGGACCAUUUGGCACACCUUUUCUUCUGCAGGUUACUUUAUGCUUCACGUGUUGCGAACAGCGGGAGCGACCGGAUGGCUUGUGUCGCAGAAGGUGUUGUCUCUACUUUGGCUGGCCAUUCUCUCUCCAGGGAGGGCAGCUUCUGGCAUGUUCAGGUUGCUUAGAACUGGGUGGUAUCAACUUGUUACUCUGAUGUCUUUGCUCAAGGUGUUUCUUGUAAGAAGAUGCCUUCCAAAGAACUACAGGUGGUUACUGUUUCUUAUCCCACUCCUGUUUCUACUAGGUUUGUGGUUCUGGGGGCUUAAUAGCUUCAUUUCAUUAUUACCUCCAUUGAACUGGACAAGAAUUGGCAGAAUACAGAGAGCAGAUGAUUCUGUUUGUGUUUCUGAACCACAAGAUGAUACUUUUCAUUCUGUGCAACCUCCAAAGGAUACCAUAAGUAUCUUUGACUUUGGUCGUAUAAGUGAGCUGGAAAAGCAAAUGGCCUUCGUGUCUGACAGAUGCCAUGACCGAAACAAAGAAUACAACAAAGUGAUGAGCCUACUCCAGAAUCUUCAAGACCAGGUUGCCACGAUGAGUGACAGAAGUGAAACAUUGAAUUUAAUAAAAAAUGUCAUGAGUCAGUAUCUUAAAGAUAUGAAAUUGGAGGAGAAGACUGACUUCCUGGCUUUACAUAAAGAACAUGAGGUGCGCAUCCGGACACUGGAAGAACUUCUUAGAAAACUCUCAGCUGAAUCCAAGGACAUCCAGAAGGAGUUUGACCUAGCCAAAUCAAAAUCAGUGAGAGAUGAUGAUCAAUACAGUCUACUUAUGUCCAAAAUUAAAAACCUAGAACUAGAGCUGGCAUCUAUGAAAUCAGAGCUGGUAUCUGGCGAAAGUGCGAAGAUGAGUUGUGAGAAAAUGGAUGUCAUUCAUGAAAAAGUAGAUGCCCAGGUGAAGGAAUCUGUCAAGCUAAUGCUUUUUGGUGAUCAACAAGAAGACUUGCCUGAAUCACUUCUCCAGUGGCUUACUUCCAAUUUUGUGAGCAAAAGUGACCUACAGACUUUGCUGCGGGAUCUUGAGUUGCAGAUCCUCAAAAAUAUUACUCUCCAUACGUCUGUAACAAACCAAAAAGUAACAUCUGAAGUAGUUACAAAUGCUGUGACUAAUGCAGGGAUUUCUGGAAUUACAGAAGCGCAAGCACAGAUUAUUGUAAAUAAUGCACUGAAACUCUACUCUCAAGACAAGACUGGGAUGGUGGAUUUUGCCUUGGAAUCUGGAGGUGGCAGCAUUCUGAGUACUCGCUGUUCUGAAACCUAUGAGACCAAGACAGCAUUAAUUAGCCUCUUUGGAAUUCCUCUGUGGUACUUCUCUCAGUCUCCCAGAGUGGUGAUUCAGCCGGACAUGUAUCCAGGGAACUGCUGGGCUUUCAAAGGAUCACAGGGCUAUCUUGUGGUGAGACUCUCCAUGAAGAUCUAUCCAACUGCCUUCACAUUGGAGCACAUACCAAAAACUCUUUCACCAACAGGAAAUAUCACCAGUGCUCCUAGGAAUUUUGCAGUAUAUGGUCUGGAUGAUGAAUAUCAGGAAGAAGGCAAACUUCUAGGAGAGUAUGUCUAUGAUCAAGAUGGAGAACCACUGCAGAUGUUUCCAGUGAUGGAGAAAAAUGAAGACGCAUUCCAAAUAGUGGAGCUGAGGAUUUUCUCUAACUGGGGCCACGCAGAGUACACGUGCCUUUAUCGGUUCAGAGUGCACGGGAAACCUGCCGAGUAAUCCACACUACAGCUGGGGGUGGCUGCUUUGUACAUUUUGUUCCUAAUCUGUAUAUACUGGGAAGCCUACAACACUGGAAUCUGUAAAGGACGAGGAUGCAAGAUGCACACUGCAGAGCUGUUGAUCCUCUGAUAAAGGCAGAAGACUGUCAGCAGAAAUGUAUAAACCCCAAUUUUUAUUUGCUCUAAGGCUCAGCUUGUAAUUGCCAGCUCGCUUCAUAUUUCUGUGUCCAUGCUGAGAGAAAUAAUGCAUGCAAACAGCUCUGGUUCAUAAAGCCCAGUUGGCAAACAGGUGACACACGUUUUAUUACAAAUGAAUGUAUAGGUUUUUUAAAAAGAAUAAACCACACUUUCUGCAACUAGGAAUCUGUUCUUUUUUAAUCCAGGACUUAACUGCAUACUUUUGCUAGCUUGGCACCAUAAGCCAAAAACUGUGGUACAUUUUGAACACUGACUGUGGCUAAAGGUGUCCUUCAGUUGACAGUUGGUUUUAACCUUUUUGGUGGAUCCAAAAGGGCUUCUUUGCUACAUGUUGAAUAUAAUAAAUACUACUGUCAGGGAAAGCUAACACAACCAAAACCAGUUGAAACACCAGCGACUGAGAAUGCUUUACUGUAAUUUGUGACCGCGAAUUGCUCUAAAAGUCAGGGAUAACUUUAAGUAACUGAAGUUAUUUAAGGGUUUUUACCAUGGCAACUUGGCCAGUUUGUUCUUUUUUUAGUGUCAAUCCCAAAUCGACCUUGAUGUACUGACUGACUGGCUCAGAGCUGAUAAGCCUGCUGAAUUGCUCAGUAAACACUGCUGUACAGCAGUUGCACUACCUUAGUUUGUCCAAAGUGAUCUCUUUGGGACAGGAUUUCCUUAGACUGAUUGAUUGUUUACUCCAUAAAUAUACUGUGAGAAUUCAGUGUGUGGAAAACAAGCCUGAAGUAAUUCUCGCUGCGUCACAUUUACCAGAGGGACUCGAGCUCAGUGCUGCUGUUGCAAACACGGGCAUUCCUGAUCCUCCUCACAAGCCUUAGUCGGGUACCAGAUGAGUAGAGUUGCUCUUGGAAACAACAUUUUCACAUAGAACGAGGUGAAACUGCUUAUUGCCCCCCUUAGCCUUGCUGCUUUGAAGAUCCUUUUCGGAAGAGAUUCCUGAAAUUCACUUGUUCGCAGAAUUUUUAUCUUGCUGUUCCUAGUGCAUUUUGUAGUUACACAGAACUGUUACACAUGGACCUGCUGACUGGUUUUCUGAAUUGAGUUAUGUAUGUUGCACAACAGUCCUCGAAUGUUUGAAAUACAAAAAGUCUCCAUGUGAAGAACUGUUUUUCACUCGACCUAGAGACAGAACCUAUGGCCUACGCAGAGGAGUAGAUGACACAUGUACAGGUGUUUUCAUAUUAUAGGUUACUUAUUUAAAAUUAGAAUUAUCCUGUAUAAAUUGAAAUUAGGUAGCUGGGGGGGAAUAUUUUGAAUAACACUAACUUAUUUUUAAAAAAGCAAGAUAGGACUUUGUGCAAUGUAUUUUUGUAAAUGCUUUUCAAAAUGUCUGUUAUUCUUUGCUGCCUCCAAACUGACAAGAUGCUAUUGAGAUGUUUAAAUAAAGAGUUUUAAUUUUUGAAA